UGUCACUGACUGACUGUCACGCUGGAGAGUUUGGUUCGCAAACAUCUAACACUACUGUUGGUGAUGAAGAGGUGCGUCCAGAGGGUAGCAAGGCAGCUAAAGCUAGAAAGAAUAAUACUCAAGGAAUAAAAUCUAUGGCUGAUUUUACGACUGUCAUGGAGUUGAAGAAGGAUGAUCUCCUGCUGAAGGAGAGAUUGUCAAAGCUUGCCAUUCUGGACACACUCCUAGCCAAGCCAGGACCACUAAGCGAGCCUGAGGAAGUUGUGAAGAACAAGCUGCUCGCUCUGUAUUUCUGAAAAUGUUAUCGCAUUUAUUAUGUUUAUUUAAAAUGGGGAUAUAUAGUUACAGCCAACCUUCAGAUUCUGCAGAGUAUGGUGGAGAGACAUCUGAGUACAGCGAGACGGAAGACCUCAUCCGUCGUGACCAGGAAGAGUUGAGCUUGCAAUAUGGUGACACGGCUCAGUACCCUCCGCAGUACCCUCCACAACCGGAGGUGGAGUUUGGAUUCCCCCAGGUUUGCUACUGUGGUGGUGCACCAAAGUUAGCUACAUCAUAUACUAGGCUUGAUCCAGGGAGGAGAUACUACACCUGCGAGCACAUGGAUGAUGGAGAAUGCCAUGUGUGGAAAUGGUGGGACGUCGCAGUCAUGGAGGAGAUGAGGGCGAGGGAUAGUAACUUUGCAGAAAGAGAAGGCUUUAUGAGCGAAGGAGAGAAUAGAUGUGAAGUGGAGAAUCAGAGACCUGGUUAUUGA